GCGGCCAGUCCACAUUUCCUUUCCCCAAGGUGUCAGAAAUUCAGGGCAAAAAAGAGGAAAAAGUUAACAGAAUCGGGUUUGCAGUCCAGAGCGCUUUUGGAAACUCACGCCAGCUUCUUCUUUCCCUUUCAAACACCUAAUGAUCAGAAGUGAAAAGUUUGGCUCUGGUGUAAUGUUCAUGAUUUUUCAAGGAUAACCCGUCCUGCAGGGAUCCGGUGCUGCGAUGGCUGAUAAAGAAACCGCCGCGGAUGGGAGUGGAACAGAUGCAAUGGCUGCCCCGUCGCCAGCAAAGAGUAUUGGCGACCCAGGCAUCACGCCUCUCUCCCCGACACACACGAUGAAGGAUUCGGAGCAGAAUGAACCCACGAGUCACUCGUUCGUGGUGGUGGUGGCCAUCGACUUCGGCACCACGUCCAGCGGUUACGCCUACGCGUUCACUAAAGAGCCCGAGUGCAUCCACACCAUGAGGCGCUGGGAGGGCGGUGACCCAGGCGUGUCCAAUCAGAAGACACCGACUACCAUCCUGCUGAGUCCUGACAAGAAGUUUCACAGUUUUGGUUACGCAGCGAGAGACUUUUACCACGACCUGGACCCCACCGAGUCAAAGCAGUGGCUCUACCUGGAGAAGUUUAAAAUGAAACUUCACACAACUGCGAAUCUAUCCAUCGACACGGACCUGCACGCAGCCAAUGGGAAAAAAGUCAAAGCUUUGGAUAUAUUUGCCUACGCUCUGGCCUUCUUCAAGGAACAAGCUGUCAAAGAGCUGAGUGACCAGGCAGGGGCGGAGUUUGAUAACGCUGAUGUCAGAUGGGUCAUCACUGUUCCAGCCAUUUGGAAAAUGCCGGCAAAGCAGUUCAUGAGAGAGGCGGCGUAUAAGGCAGGUCUGGCUUCACGGGAAAACCCUGAACAGCUCAUCAUCUCACUGGAACCUGAGGCCGCCUCCAUCUACUGCCGCAAGCUCCGCCUACAUCAGAUGGUCGACCUCGGCGAUAAGACAUCCAUCAAUGGCUACAGCCCGACUGAGAACGUGGGGGCGGGGAUGGUGCAGGCCAAGGAACAUGUGCGUCGCAACCGGCAGAGUCGCACCUUUCUGGUGGAAAAUGUCAUAGGAGAGCUCUGGUCCGAACUCAGUGAAGGUGACAGAUACGUGGUGGUGGAUUGUGGAGGAGGGACGGUGGACCUGACGGUGCAUCAGAUCCGCAUGCCUGAAGGUCACCUCAAGGAGCUCUACAAGGCCUCAGGGGGUCCGUAUGGUUCAAUCGGUGUCGACUAUGAAUUUGAGAAGCUGCUCUGCAAGAUCUUUGGUCAGGACUUUAUUGAUCAGUUUAAGAUAAAGAGACCGGCUGCGUGGGUAGACCUGAUGAUAGCAUUCGAGUCCCGAAAGAGAGCUGCAGCCCCUGACCGCUCCAACCCACUCAACAUCAACCUGCCCUUCUCCUUCAUCGACUACUACAAGAAGUUCCGCGGCCACAGUGUGGAGCACGCGCUGCGCAAGAGCAAUGUGGAUUUUGUAAAGUGGUCGUCUCAGGGCAUGUUGAGGAUGAGCCCAGAUGCCAUGAAUGCUCUGUUCAAGCCCACUAUCGACCACAUCAUCCAGCACCUCCAGGAGCUGUUUGAGAAGCCUGAGGUGACAGACAUCAAGUUCCUGUUCUUGGUGGGUGGUUUUGCUGAGUCACCGCUCCUGCAGAAGGCGGUGCAGGACAUGUUGCAGGGGCGGAGCCGUGUCAUCAUCCCACACGAUGUGGGUCUGACCAUCCUGAAGGGAGCCGUGCUGUUCGGUCUGGACCCAAGCGUGAUCAAGGUACGCCGCUCACCACUGACCUAUGGCGUGGGUGUGCUCAACCGCUUCGUGGAAGGGAAGCACCCACCUGAGAAGCUGCUGGUACGUGAUUGCACACGCUGGUGCACUGAUGUCUUCGACACGUUCAUAUCAGCUGACCAGUCGGUGUCGCUGGGUGAAACGGUCAAGCGCAGCUACACACCAGCCAAGCCCUCGCAGCAGGUCAUUGUCAUCCAUGUGUACUGCUCAGAGCGGGAGCACGUAGGUUUCAUCUCCGAUGCAGGCGUGCGAAAGUGUGGCACCCUGCGCCUCGACGUCAGCGGCACAGAGAGCCCAGCAGCUGGGGUACGCCGUGAGAUCCAGACACUCAUGCAGUUCGGCGACACCGAGAUCCGAGCAAUGGCCAUUGACGUGGCUACCAAUCGCACGGUGAAGGCCAGCAUCGACUUCCUCGGCCAGUGAGAGAGA